CCCGAACUUGUCAUAGCGUCCGUCUUCUUUGUGUAUUUGUCGAUGUGCACCGGACUUCCGACACUGUGAUGAAUCUCAGGUGACACGUAUUGUUGACAGUUGGUUGAACUUUGACUCCAUCACCAUAGCAACAACAAUGACCUGGACAUCGUUACACCAAAAACAAGCCGGGCUCUUGGUAGUGAUUGCAAUUUUCGUAUGCAUUAUAUUACUUCAAGUGCGCUAUAAUAGUGUUAGUGGUGUGGUGAAAAUAAAAGUUAGUAAUUACAACGGAAACGUUGACAAUUGCUUAUCAAUUCCAGAAGAACUUCAAGGGAAGCCCUUCGUUAUAUAUGGUGAGAGCGUAGAGAACAAGUACAAUCCGUUACGUCAAACAACGCCACCAACGACAAAAUUAGGAGAAAUUCCACCACGUGAUCUCACCGCCGAAGAUAAAGAAUUCUGGGAAGCCAUUAAGAAAUUGGACAAUCCAAACUUGCGGUUUGCUAAAUAUCUUCCGCAGUGGCUAAGCAAAGACGACGUGCUGCGGAUGGAGCUGAUGUCUCAUGAAAACGUCUCCCACGUUUUCUCUGUGUUCAGCCACCCACGAUUGAAGGAAGUAAUUUUCCGCGACACAUCGGGGAGAGUCAUCGACAGUUUCAAGGACUGUGUCGACGAGUGCGCGAUGCAGAAAAGCGCAUCUGACAUCAACGAAGUUUAUGCGUUCCAUUUAGAUCGAGUUCUAGGAUUUAACCGGUCUUUACCAGUAGUCGCUCGUACAUUUGGCGGCAAUACUAGCGAAAAGGCAUACGAGAAUUUCGGAAAUCGGUUUUCCGAUGGAAAGAGUCGACCGUUUGUUUGGUGGGAUAAACACAUCAGUCACUCGGGCUCGCUUCAACCAGAUCAAAAUUCGAUGUCGUUAUGGUGGUUGGAUUACCAGACACAGUUGGCUUCCCGAUGCAAUGCAAAAGACAAUGAAGAGGAGUCAAGACGAAAAGAGGAAUGCAAUUCGAAUCAUGUUCGCCAUAUUGAGUGGGGAAGACUGGCUGCUUACGACUUCCUGCUGCAGAACCACGAUCGCAUCGACAGGAGCUGUUGUGGUUACGACCGAGACGAAGGCGAGCUUUGCUUCACCAAUGGUGUUCACGAGAAUGAGUGUGUUGAUAUCAAUCGGCAGCAUUUAGUACACAUUUUCACCCAUACAUAUGACGACACUCGACUUGUUUACAUCGACAACGCCAUCAACGUUAACAGAAGUGUUGACCAUCUAAAUUACAGACUAUUGGAAGGAAUUGACGAAAUCCCAGUGGAACCAAUCUCUAUAUUGAAAUCUGGGAAUUUCCGAUGUAAGAUGUUACAUUCUCUCUAUCUCGACAAAACGUACUGGGAUCUCCCGGGAGGCAAAUCGACAAUGAACAAACUCAUUGACAUCACCGAAAAAAGAGCACACAAACUGAUUACGUACAUUGAAGAGCACAACAUAACCCUCGUUCCAGAUUAUUAAUAUUGAACAAACAAGCAUUUUCAUUGUUCUUACUUACUAUGUCAAAACACUUUCAGUUGUCAUGGAGCUAUCGCGUUAAUAUUCUAUGUUUCGUAUUAUCAUAGUAUUUUCGUUGUUAAACUAUACGAGCUACCUCCAUUACUUCCAUUAAUCGUGGUUUGCUUUUUCUUUAUUUCCCUUUGCUGAAUGAAAAAUCGCUUCCCUCGGUCAUAGUGGCGAAUAGACUGACUGUGAAAUAAUUUAUUUUCACUGGAAUUAAUUUUCGCUGAAAAGACUUUUUGGGUAUUUUGUAUGGAAUUUAUUUUCACUGAUUUUUGGUGAGUUGAAUGUAAAAUCAGGGGAAAAAGGUAAAUUCGCUUGAUUUUAUUUUUACUGAAAAUAAAGUAUUUUACAGUAUACGCA